CAAUUGUUCACUUAAUAUUUUUGCUAUAACAUUAUUUUUCGCAAUAUAAAGAACAUUUUCUUGUUUGAUGUGCCAAAAGAUACAGAACUCCUUAUUGCCUCCACUAUACUCUUUCAUUUUGGUUGUUGCAUAACUUUGUUGCUGACUGUACCUAUCAUCAGUGCUUUAGUUAUACGUAGUGAUUAUAUUCUCUUUGAUAUAACUUCCGUGAUCAUCAGUAUCUGAAAUACAAAAAUGAAAAUAUGAAUGGUACUUGCACAGAGAGCAUGUAAAUUUAACCCGCGCACUUUGUACUGGAUCCAAUCACGUUUUCAAGCUACAUAAGGCUCUUUUCCACGCUCCUCUUCAAUUUGCUAAAAAAAUAGCGUAAAUCGACAAAACUUAGUGAUAUACACCCUGUGCAAGUAUCAUUAGUGUAAUCGCAGCAGUGGUAACACCGGCCCGGGCCGGGCUGUGUUGUGCUGUCAAAAAUGACAAGUUGUGAAUCUGCGCGAAAACAAAUCGAUGUUGAAAAGUCGCAUAAUGUGACCUCGUCGGCUCGCGAAAAUGUACGAAAAACUAACAUAACUGGGAUGAAUCCCUGGCCUUGAAUCUACAACAAGGUCCUACGUAUGGCAAAUAAUCAUGUGACGUCAUGUUUAUUGUAACUAUUAGCAAACAAAACUUAGUAUAAACGGGCAGUCAUGUCUCGGCGGUCGCUGUUCCUACUCGCGGGUACUCUGGUGGUGCUGCAUUUUACUAUAAUCGUGUUUAUGCUCAGCCCGCUGCAUGGGGCGCGGCGAACGUUCUAUACGAGUGGUUACCACCGUUACUCGAUGCGUGGGGGACCCAGUGUCGCUUGGUGCAAAGAUCUACACUUUAAACCCCUUGGACCUGUUGUAGCCCUGGUAUCUCACCCCGGCAGCGGCAAUACUUGGCUGCGAUACUUAUUACAGCAGGUUACAGGAAUAAUGACCGGGUCUAUAUACAUGGAUUAUGGACUGCGGACACACGGGUUCCCCGCAGAGAAUGUCACAGACGGCACAGUCCUGGUUGUGAAGACGCAUGAAGCUCCUCCGGUGCACCCGGACAAAUUCCAAGCUGCUGUCCUGCUGAUUAGACACCCUAAAGAUGCUAUUUUGGCGGAGUACAACAGACUGCACAAAGGGCACAUCGGAACGGCGCCAAAAUCUGCGUUUAAAAGAAAAUCUCACGAACAUAAAACAACAGACUGGGUGAAAUUUGUGUCCUACCAACUGACGGCGUGGGAGUCCCUACACGAGUUAUGGCUGACUCGCUUCCCGGGGAAAAUACUAGUAAUAUUGUACGAGACGCUAGUGCGUGACACAGAGCCUACGCUACAGAGGAUACUGGACUUCCUGAACCAUACUGUAACUAAGGACGACAUGAGCUGCGCGAUAGCCAACCGCGAGGGCAUCUACCGGCGACGGAAGAAACUGCAAGACUUCGACCCGUUCACCGCCGAUAUGUACCAGGCGCUAGACCGCGCGCACGAUCGAGUACACAACUUAGUCGCAAACUAUAGUCGUAAGCAUAAUCUGACUGUAACGAGAGUUGAAAACGUCGCUCCGAUGACGUAAGGGUGGUAUAUUUACAGGCUUAUAAAGAGUAGGGAAGGUUAGGUAGGUGAAUUCUACCUCUUCGAUUUGUGCCAGGUUUUUUAUCGCGCGCACGAUCGGGUACACAACUUAGUCGCGAACUAUAUUCUUAAGCAUAAUUUGACUGUAACGAGAGUUGAAAACGUCGAUUGAGUUAGAAUUUUAUGACUCGUAAGAAUGUCGUUCCGUCGAAAUGAGUGUAAAUAAAACAACUAAAUCAGUAUAAAUAAACUAAAGAAUGUAUUUAAUUACCUAGCAUUUGUACUUAGCGGACGAUGAGGUAUGUGACCCACCGUUAGCAAAGAGCGUUGAGUGCUUUUAAUGAUUUUCUCUGGUAAAAAUUUUACUGAACUCGAAGGAGGAUAUCCUAUGGGCCUACCUAAAGACAACUAGAGCUU